AUGUCAUACCGACAUCCGACUGGCCCAAUAUGGCGCGCCUUGAUUGGCUCGUCAAGGGCGAUGCGCCCGGCCUGGACAAUUCAAGCCAGCGCUUUGCGGCAUGCUUCCACCUCGAAAUGGCGAGAGCAACACAAACAUGGGAUCGACAAGGGCGCGGAUCGCGAGACGCCCGUUGCUUCUUCUAGCGACAAAGCGGAAACGAGCAUGGAAGACGGACCAAGCUCGCCUUCUGCGCAGAAGCCACGCAAACUUCCACCCCUGGUGCCGGGCAGAGGCGUAUCGGACGACUUUAUCAACGAGGCUCGACGCGACAUGCAGAUGCGAAAGAUGGUCUACGACGAGGCCGAUUUCAAGUGGCUGCGGGAGGCACGCUCGCAGAUCUACACGAUGAAUCUCAAGCACACCGAGCUGGCCACCGAGCACAAGGCCCUCACCACCGAGCUCAACCGCACCUUCCAGCUCGCGGCCGCAGCGGUCAAGAAGCCAAAGCAAAAGAAGGGCAAAAAGAGCCAGAGCGCCGCAAACAAGGAAGAGGAUGCAAACGAAGGAGCAACCUCCGAAUCUGCUCCUGCUUCGGCCGAAGACGAAGACCCGGCGAAGAAGAUGAUGGAAGAAGCCCAAGAGAAAACGAGGCAGCUGCGUGAUCGCGCCAAACAGGUCAAGGCCGAGCUGGUGGUGAUAACAAAGCAGCUGGAAGAGUUGCGUGAGCGAAGCUUGCAAAUUCGUCUGUCUUGGCCGAACAACUGCCAUCCGGACGUACCCAUCGGACCAGAAGAGAAUGCGGUGGUGGUGUCGGUGAAGGAUCCUCUCAACUUGCUGCCCACCCAAUUCGAUGCCAUGAAGGAGUCGUGGAACAAGUCGGCGAUUCAGAUCAAGGACUUUCCAUCAGGGCCGCCGCCCAAUCCGAAACGCGAGCAUCUCACGGUCGCCCAGUAUGCUAGACACGCCGAGGUGGACACAAUGUCGGGGCUGUUGGCCACCGGAAGCUCGUGGCCGUAUCUGCUGGGCAACCUCAGCAUGCUCGAGCAUGCGCUGACGCAGUAUGCCAUGUCCAAGGUGGUGAAGAAAGGCUUCCUGGCAGUCUCGCCUCCGGAUGUGGUGCGUGCGGAUCUGGCCGACCGGUGCGGAUUCCGUCCUCGAGACGAGAAAGCCAGGCAGACCUACUUUAUCGAAGGAGUCCCACGCAAAAAACUCCAGAAAGAAGCAUCUGCCAAACAGGCCGACGAGGAAGCGUCAAACGCGAGCGGCGAGCUUUGCUUGGCGGCUACUGCCGAGAUCCCGCUGGCAGGUCUCCUCGCUGGACGUCUGUUUGAAAGGUUCAGCAAGGUGCGCACCACGAGCUCCGCCAAAUCGCACAGGUCUUUGAUAGAAGGAACCUACCUGCCGAUCAAGCUGGCUGCGCUUGGACACGCCUUCCGCGCCGAGGCGGGAGCGCGCGGCUCGGACACGCGCGGACUUUAUCGCGUGCAUCAGUUCAGCAAGGUCGAGAUGUUUGUAGUGACCAAGGGGUUCCAGAACAGGAGCGACGAGAUGCUGGAGGAGCUGCGUGACAUCCAGGAGGAGGUGAUCAGCGGGCUGGGUCUGCCGUACCGCGUACUGGACAUGCCGACGGAGGAGUUGGGCGCGAGCGCGUAUCGCAAGUACGACAUCGAGGUGUGGAUGCCCGGCCGCGGCUCGUGGGGCGAGGUGUCGUCGGCAUCCAACUGCACGGCGUAUCAGGCGUUGCGACUCGGCAUCCGGCAGAAGCGCGGGCCACCCGCGUCGUCUGCCACCUCGGCUGACGACCCGGCUGACAGGGCGUCCGACGAAGCGUCCGACAAGGCGUCCGACAGCUCGCUGGACAAGGCGUCCCCACAACCGCCGAGUGAAGGCGCUAGUUACCCGUUGCAUACGUUGAAUGCGACCGCGGCGGCGAUUCCGCGCCUGAUCGUGGCGAUCCUGGAGAAUCACGGAUUGGACAAGGGCAAGCUGGUGCUGCCGGACACGCUCAAGCCCUUCUGGUUGGCAGGCGAGCACGAUCGCAACGUCACGUGGCGGUACACGGGCAAGCUCAAAGGUCCGCCGCGGUCGCGUCUGCAGCGUGCGCUGAUGCGCGUGCGCUCGAUCGCCCGGAAGAACGGCACGGAUGCACCGACCAUGAUGGCCUCGUUCCUCAUCCUUCACGAACUCACCGCGCUGGUUCCGCUCGUGGUGCUCUUCUACGUGUUUGGCGCGCUGGGCGUAGGAACGGCAGUGCUGCAGUGGCUGCUGGGAGAUGCGGAUCCAAGCGCCGAAGACGAGAGCAUGGGAGCGCGUCUUCGUUCCUGGGCUCGACGAAAGGAGGAGCGCUUCGAGCGUUACUGCCGAAGGAAGGGCUACCUUGGAUUCGAAAAGCAAGAUGCCGAGACAAUCGAGCAGGCUCAGGACGUCGGCGACACGAGUCGCGUUGCAGCUUCGUUUGCCAACAUGGUCGCCGCCUACAUCCUGGUCAAGGCCUUGAUUCCGCUGCGGAUCGGCGCCUCCGUGGCGCUCGCCGCUCCCUUCUCACGCACCGUGCUUGAGCCGCUCAAGGGCGUCACACGCCGCAUCUUCAGGCGUCGCGCGACUCCAACGCGAGCAUGA